CCCUUCUCUUCCUUUCCCGUUGCUGUGCUCUUCUCUUUCUUUCCAUGUACUUCUCCCCUCUUUUUUUUCUGAACAAAUACCGUCUGCUCUCUUCUACCUCUCCACACUCACCCCACUCUUUCUCUCCUCCUCAUUCCCCUCUCCUGUCCUCUUUUGGUGCAUGGAGAGAGGGUCUCUGGCCCACACCUGCAUCCCUCCUCUCUACCUCCCUCCAUGGGCGUCCGAGCAUCCUGCAGACCAGACCCUGCAUCCCAGCAGAAUGACUCUCCUCUCCCAGACCAGGAUGAGGAGAUACUGGGCUCUGACGAUGAGGAGCAGGAAGACCCCAAUGACUACUGUAGAGGAGGUUACCACCAUGUGAAGAUAGGAGACCUGUUCAAUGGAAGAUACCAUGUUAUCAGGAAGUUGGGCUGGGGACAUUUCUCCACCGUGUGGUUGGCCUGGGACAUACAGGGGAAGUGUUUUGUGGCCAUGAAGGUGGUGAAGAGUGCAGAACAUUACACUGAGACAGCCCUGGAUGAGAUCAAGCUGCUGAGAUCAGUCAGGAACACAGACCAGAAGGACCCCAGCAGGGAGAGGGUGGUUCAGUUACUGGAUGACUUCAAGAUCUCUGGCAUGAACGGAACUCAUGUCUGUAUGGUGUUUGAGGUUCUGGGUCAUCACCUGCUGAAGUGGAUCAUCAAGUCUAACUACCAGGGCCUUCCUCUGCCCUGCGUCAAGAGCAUCAUUCGACAGGUUCUCCAGGGCCUGGACUACCUUCACUCCAAGUGUAAGAUCAUCCAUACAGACAUCAAGCCAGAGAACAUCCUGCUGACGGUCAACGAGCCCUACAUCAAGAAGAUGGCUGCCGAGGCAACAGAGUGGCAGAGGACUGGAGCUCCACCCCCCUCUGGAUCUGCAGUGAGCACAGCUCCAGCGCCCAAACCAACGGUGAAGAUGUCUAAGAACAAGAAGAAGAAGAUGAAGAAGAAACAGAAGAAGCAGGCAGAGAUGUUAGAGAAGAGGAUUCAGGAGAUGGAGGGAGCGCCGGAAGGAGGAGAAGAGGAGGAGGAAGAGACCACUGCAGACGCCCCUCCCUGUGCCCCUCCACCCUCGUCUGACACGCUACAGGACAUGGCUAAUGAUGUCACAGCAGGUCCAGAUAAACCGGAAGAGAAGAAGAAGGAGCGGGAGGAGGAGAGCAGGAUGGAGGUGACCUGCAACGGUCAUGCAGUGGAGGACACGGCGAGCCAGGAGGUACAGAGGACCGAGGAAGAAGAGGAGAAAGACGAAGAGGACCAACAGAAAGCCAACAUACUUAACGCCAGCACGGAGGGUCGGGACCUGCCAGUCAAUGCAACUUACCCAGAGUACAACGGCAAAGGUCCCAGUGACCCACACAAUCCCGGUACAGACGGUAAACAAGGGAGAGAGCUGGGGAAGGAGAGAGAGAUGGAGGAGUGUAAACGACCAGAGAAGGAGAUGGAGACUGAGGUGAUGCCUGGAAUAGAGGAGGAGGAGAGGAACGAUAAAGUAGCAGCAGGUAGUCUGUUGGUCAACCCUCUGGAACCUCUCAAUGCAGACAAAAUCCAGAUCAAAAUCGCUGACCUGGGGAACGCCUGCUGGGUGCACAAACACUUUACAGAUGACAUACAAACUCGUCAGUACCGUUCUCUGGAGGUGUUGAUGGGAGCGGGCUACGGGACGCCUGCUGAUAUCUGGAGCACUGCCGCAAUGGCCUUUGAGCUGGCUACGGGAGACUACCUGUUUGAGCCUCACUCUGGACAGGACUACACCAGAGACGAAGACCACAUAGCGCUGAUCAUUGAGCUGCUGGGUAAAGUUCCUAGGAAGCUGAUCCUAGCAGGAAAAUACUCCAAGGAAUUUUUCACCAAGAAAGGGGACCUCCGCCACAUCACCAAGCUGAAGCCUUGGGGUCUGUUGGAGGUGUUGGUAGAGAAGUAUGAGUGGUCUAAAGAGGAGGCAGCUACCUUCUCCAGCUUCCUGCUCCCAAUGUUAGACCUGGUACCAGAGAAGAGAGCCACGGCUGCGGAGUGCCUCCGACACGCAUGGAUCGCCCCCUAGAGGAUCCCCGGGCGCUACCACAGCCACAAGCAGCACAUAUGCAGUACAUACAGACAGACAUGCACACACGUACAUAAACACACAAACGCAUACACUCUUCAACACACAUAUAAGUAAACACACACCUCAACGGCGAGCCAGAGCUUUCACUAUGACUGAAUCUCCACCUAGUGGUUCAACACCCACCGGAGACUGGCUGCUCAACACCCACUAGAGACUGGCUGCUCAACACCCACCGGAGACUGGCUGCUCAACACCCACCGGAGACUGGCUGCUCAACACCCACUAGAGACUGGCUGCUCAACACCCACUAGAGACUGGCUGCUCAACACCCACUGGAGACUGGCUGCUCAACACCCACUAGAGACUGGCUGCUCAACACCCACUGGAGACUGGCUGCUCAACACCCACUGGAGACUGGCUGCUCAACACCCACUGGAGACUGGCUGCUCAACACCCACUAGAGACUGGCUGCUUCAACACCCACUAGAGACUGGCUGCUCAACACCCACUAGAGACUGGCUGCUCAACACCCACUAGAGACUGGCUGCUCAACACCCACUAGAGACUGGCUGCUCAACACCCACUAGAGACUGGCUGCUCAACACCCACUGGAGACUGGCUGCUCAACACCCACUGGAGACUGGCUGCUCAACACCCACUGGAGACUGGCUGCUCAACACCCACUGGAGACUGGCUGCUCAACACCCACUGGAGACUGGCUGCUCAACACCCACUGGAGACUGGCUGCUCAACACCCACUGGAGACUGGCUGCUCAACACCCACUGGAGACUGGCUGCUCAACACCCACUGGAGACUGGCUGCUCAACACCCACUGGAGACUGGCUGCUCAACACCCACUGGAGACUGGCUGCUCAACACCCACUGGAGACUGGCUGCUCAACACCCACUAGAGACUGGCUGCUCAACACCCACUGGAGACUGGCUGCUCAACACCCACUGGAGACUGGCUGCUCAACACCCACUGGAGACUGGCUGCUCAACACCCACUAGAGACUGGCUGCUCAACACCCACUAGAGACUGGCUGCUCAACACCCUCGUGUCCUAGGUAUAAUCCAGUAGAUCGUGUCCUAGGUAUAAUCCAGUAGAUCGUGUCCUAGGUAUAAUCCAGUAGAACUCUUGAGUUUCUCUUAUUCGAUUCCUUGUUUCUACUGACUGGAUAUCACUUGAGUAUCAAUGUCUUUUCUCUCUCUUCUCCCUCUCUUUUCUCUCUGUACCAACGAUGACACCUAGUAACACGUUCUGAGAGUAUCCUGUCUUUUAGUUUGUGUCUUGUUUGAUUGAAUAUGCACACCUGUCAGAGUUUAGAUCAAACCUUACACACCUCCAAUGGAUCGUAUCUCCAGAACACCAACUGUCUCUACCACUAGACUAGCACAUCAGAGUUGUUUUGUUUUAUGUACAGUAUUGACUUUCCUUCAAUAACAAAACGUAUUUAUUGUGUGUUUGUGUGGAAGAGUAGCUGCCUAGAAUACGAUAAAGAAGGUUUGGACUGUCAUAGAUUCUAAGGAUUCUCCAUGAAAUCUUCCUGAACUGGGAACCGCUGUGAAUGAACUGAAACUUACUGAACGGAAUGGAACCGUCUGGUUCUGUAAGUGGUUCUGUGACAUCAUCCCUGUCCUUCGCUGUCUCGCUCCAGGUAGCAGCUUUGUAAUAGCACUUCGCACAAUGUGGGGACAGUACCAUGAACUAAAUUUAAUUGACUACUUUCUGUUACCUGCAUGGGUCUACAGACCAUGACUAAUGCUACUGAAUAACCAGGUUUCAUAUGUUCAAUCCUGUGGUGUUUAACGUUCCACACAAGGUUUGCCUCAAAAUAUUAUUUGGGUUUUAGCUAGAUGGUGUGAUACAAUAUCAUGAGAAUUUUCCACUCUCACAAAAUGAUCAGAAUGGGAGUACUACUGUAUCUGAUUCCAGAACAUCUGAUUUUUAUGUUCUAUUCAGAAGGUCGUGGUUGCCUUGUGAAAAUGGCCACCCUGUUCCCUAUGAAGUUAGGAAGAGGGUGGCAUUUUGAACGCAUACCAUAUCUGGACCACCUGUGUUGUACAUAUCUGUACUAAAAACGUUGACUUUGGCUCUCUGCUUUCCCUCUACAGAACAGCUGCUGUUUAGCCGGUGUACCUUUAUAAAGGAGAGGAGGUUGUCUACGUCCCAAAUGGCACCCUAUUCCCUACAUAGUGCACUACUUUUGACCAGAUUCUUAAGGGACCAGUUCAAAAGUAGUGCACUAUAUAGGGAAUAGGGUGCCACUUGGGACGGAACAUGUCUGCAGUGUUGAAAAUGUUUGACUCGUUUAAGGUGUCAACUGAUGCCUUGAGACACAUUUGCUAGUUUUUUGCUGCAUUUUAAAGCAUAUUUUCAUACUGAUGUUGCCCCGCUUGUAGUGGUCUGCUGUUUUAACUGCAUCAAAGAGAAACCAAAUCGUGGAUUGUAAUACUAAUGAGGCUGGAAUAAGGCUUUGAAGGCCCGGCCCCCCCUUCGCUCUUUUUCUACAAGCCUCUCUCCCUUCUCGAUCUUCUCUUUCCCUGACCGCUCCUUGCCUCUUCCUCCUCUGCCUUUGAUUGUUUACUGCUAAAUUGAGCCUCUUUUCUGUACUUAAUAAAAAUGAACAUUUUGAAAA